AAGCACUUGAGUAAUUUUGCUCUACUAUUGAUGUUAGCUGUAGGAAUUUGCAAUGGUUUCUAUGUCCCUGGUGUGGCUCCAGUGGAAUUUGACUAUUCUGAAUUGGUUGAAGUCAAGGCUGUCAAAAUGACCAGUGUGAAGACACAGCUGCCAUAUGAAUACUACUCUCUACCAUUUUGUGAGCCUAAAGAGGGUAUAAAGUACAAGAUAGAAAAUCUAGGUGAAGUGCUGAGAGGAGACAGGAUUGUCAACACUCCAUAUGUGGUAAAUAUGGCAAACAAUAAGGAUUGUACUCAGCUAUGCUCUGUCAAACUGAAAAAGGAACAGUCCAAGAAGCUUGUGGAGAGGAUCAGGCACUCCUACUACGUUCACUUAAUUGUGGACAACUUGCCAUGCGCUACCAAAUUUGAGAUGCUGGAAACUGGUGAACCUCAAUACGAACAUGGUUACAAGCUUGGAUUUCUCAAAGACAAUGUGGCCUACCUCAAUAACCACUUAAAGCUAAUUUUGAAAUAUCACAAAGAAGAGGGGGAAAAGUACCGUGUGGUAGGAUUUGAAGUUGAAGCAAAAAGUGUGAAGUUUGAUGCCAUGGAGCUGAAAAGUGAUUCCUGUAAGGUCAAAGGUCAGGGAGCUGCUGAUCCUCAGAGGAUUAAUGAAAAUGAUGAGGUCGAGAUCUUAUUUUCCUACCAAGUGGAUUGGGAAUCAAGUGAACUACGCUGGGCUUCCCGCUGGGACACCUACCUGACCAUGAGUGAUGUACAAAUCCAUUGGUUCUCCAUCAUAAACAGUGUCGUUGUUGUCAUCUUCUUAUCAGGUAUUCUGACUAUGAUUAUGGUGAGAACACUGAGGAAGGAUAUUGCUCGAUACAACAGAGAUGAUGAUAUUGAGGAGACCAUGGAGGAAACUGGCUGGAAGCUUGUCCAUGGUGAUGUGUUUAGGCCACCAAAGCAUACCAAGUUGUUGUCCUCACUAGUUGGGUCAGGACUUCAAAUUUUCUGCAUGUCUCUCAUCACUAUUGUGUUUGCUAUGUUGGGGAUGUUGUCUCCAGCCUCCAGAGGAGCACUGCUGACUGCCUCCACUUUCUUAUUUGUCUUCAUGGGUGUAUUUGCUGGUUAUUUCUCUGCACGAUUGUACAAAACAAUGAAGGGAAAUACAUGGAAGAAAGCUGCUUUACAGACAUCGCUUUUCUAUCCAGGUAUUCUGUUCGGAACCACAUUCUUCCUUAAUUUUUUCAUAUGGGGGAAACAUUCCUCAGGAGCACUACCGUUUACCACUAUGCUGGCUUUACUGUGUAUGUGGUUUGGAAUCUCAACUCCAUUGGUCUUCAUCGGGGCCUACUUUGGCUUCAGGAAACAGCCAUACCAACACCCAGUAAGGACUAACCAGAUACCUCGCCAAGUGCCUGAACAAAUGUGGUAUAUGAAUCCAUCCCUCGGUGUGAUGAUGGCAGGUAUUCUACCCUUUGGAGCCAUGUUUAUUGAACUCUUCUUCAUUUUCACAGCUAUAUGGGAGAACCAGUUUUACUAUCUUUUCGGGUUCCUGUUUCUGGUGUUUGUGAUCCUGGUGAUAUCUGUGUCUCAGAUCUCCAUAGUGAUGGUCUACUUUCAACUGUGCGGAGAGGACUACCACUGGUGGUGGAGAUCAUUCAUUGUGUCUGGAGGAUCAGCAGUCUAUGUUCUAGCUUACUCACUCUUUUACUUUGUAACUAAGCUUGAGAUUACCGAAUUCAUUCCCACUCUUCUGUACUUUGGCUACACCUUUCUAAUGGUGCUGACCUUCUGGCUGCUGACCGGCACCAUCGGCUUCUAUGCUGCUUACCUUUUCAUUAGAAAAAUUUAUGGAGCCAUCAAGAUUGACUGACAGAUAUGCGCUUUUAGGCUUUCCUUAUCAAAUUUAUUUCUUGGAAUCUUAUCUUAUGACAAACAGUUGGGAGACAAAUGGUUAAUUAGCAUUUAUAUGUAGUGUAUUCUGUAAGAUACAGUCUACUGUGUUGGACAAGAGAGGAGUAUGUAUGUGUUUUGUGUCUUGGCCUUUGAUGUACAGUUGUUAAUAAAAGAGGUAUGAAGUCUUUGUUAAAUAUUGAAGUGAUGCUUUGUUACUUGAAAACAAAUUUUGGUUAUGUUGUUCUCAAAGAUUUUAAAAUUCAAUUUCAUAGUUGUAUCUUGAUGCCAUACAUCCUUAUUGUAACUAUUUUGAAUUGGGACUAAUCUUUUAUUAAGUGAAUAUUGAAAUAUUACUUUCAAACAAGAAAAUGGUGCCAGUGAUAUUUGGAACAUGAAAAUUUGAGUUCUGAACUUUUUCUGUUUGGUUCAAUAGAACCUAGAAUUAAUGCUGUGUUUAUUAUGUGUAUUUUGCUAUAGAUAUUUAGGAAUGCUAGGAAAAAAUGGUCAUAAUAUCAUGUCAUACUUGAUGUAAAUCUUUAAUCCUAAUAUUUUCAUAUUGUACCUGUGUGAAGGAGAAUCGAAUAUAAAUGCAUUUUAUUGUAUUUUUUUAAUCUGUUUUAAUGCAAUAUGAUAACUAGCAGACUUCAAAACAGGUCAAUGACUACUUCCAAUCUUGGUGCAUUUCUAAAUAUCUCAUUCUAUUAAAAUCAGACAAAGAUGAUAUCUAUAUCCUAUCCUUCAUUGUGGCUAUAGUUUGAUUUUAAUAUCGUAUUGAGGGGAUACCAGUAUUCCAUAUCAUUACUGUAAACUUUAAACUAAAAUUGAUUUUUUUCUGUCUACAUGUGUGUACCUUGUACUAUUCCCCUUAAAAGUACAUUUUCUCCCCAAAGUCGCAAAGUCUAUGCAGCGUAGGUGAGUGUGGUCGUAUAAUUAUCAAGUGAAGUAUGUACAGGAAUUUGUGCUUGUAAAUUUUCGAUGUCAAGUGCAGAUAGUUUUUGUGUUUAUUUUAUAGAGCUACCAGAUUGCAGAAAUUUGUAUAGUAGUGUUGAGUGAUUUAUUUAGUAUAGAAACCACUUUACAAUGUCAUGAUGUAUCUGCUUAGUUUUAUGUCUAAGAGAUUGAAGAAGAAACCAUUGACAUGCAGGCUGUGUUGUAUAUAAGCUCACAGAUCAAAAUGUGAAAAUAAAAUAGAAAAGGUCUGUCAAAAACAAACUACUCACAAACCACAAAACUGGUAAAAAAAGCAUGUAUUACAUUUUAUAAGAGUGCUUGUAACAGUGGUUGAUAAUAUAUUUUUUUUCAUUUUUCAAUUUAUACAAAAACACUGUAGAUUUAAUGUUCAGUGCACUAUAUAACUCAUCCUUUCAAUCUUAGUUCUUCUUACCCUAGGUUGUUGGCUACCCCUAUAGCUUAGUUUACAUCACCUGGGGCCUUGUAGUUUCAAAUAUAACAAUCAAAUGUAUAUCUUACAGAUAUUACCAAGAAUUGAUAAAUCACCGGGUGUUUCUGUGAGCAAUUAGUACUGGUCCAACUCUUCAGAAAAUAAUAAUAUAAACCUUGAUCAUAUUCACAGAUAAAUGUACAGUGCAACACAGAAAAUACAGACAGUACGAAAAGUGUUUUGGGUUAGAUAGGUUGAAAGAUAAACAUCAAUUCCAUACAGAUGUCAAGAGUAAAUAAGUGUUUACUUUCCAAUUCGGAGAGAAUAAUGUACUGUAUUACAUCAUCACCAGGAUGGAAUUUUUUAAAGAUUCCUUUGUACGUUGUCAUUUUUUCAGUUAUUUUUUUAACAUAUUUUGUUAUUCAAAUUAAAUACACAAGGGAGAUAAUUAAUCCUGUCAUCAAGACAUAAUAUCAAACUUUCAUGAAAGCGGUGUUUUAAGUAAAUCCAGAAUAUGUAGAAAUUUUUUUUGAAAUUUGAUUUACUGAUUCACAUUGUGAGUUCAUAUUGUGGAAUAAUGUGAUAUUUGAAAAAGGCUUUAUUGUGUCCAAGUUGAAAAUGGUGAUGUUUAUAACAUGUAGAUGGGAUGACAGAUGGUUUUGUUCACACUUAUGAAUGAUAACUUUUUUUAUUUGGAGAGAAAGGGAUUUUUUUUAAUGUACAUAAUUUGUUUAACACCUUCAUGAGUGAUACUUUCAUAUGUACAUAGCAUAUAUAUACAAUACAAUAUUGCUUUAUUUAUACAAACAGAUAAUUCACAAAAAACAUUUGUUUACAUCUGUCAUUCUCUGCGUCAGGUUGUUUAGAUGUACACAUUUAUUUUUUCUAAGCAACAUUUGAGUGCACCAUGAUAAAGUCUAUAUUAUUAACAUUCUUGCUGAGGUAUUUUCAUCACUUGCUCUAAUCUUCCAGUAAUAUUUCUUUAUAUUUGCUUAAUAUAUAUACUGAGGUGUUAUACUACCCUUCUGAUUACUUACAAUCUUGUUUGUCAGGUAAAGCAUUCCUGGAAGGAAAACUGCUUUAUCUGGUUAACAUAGAAUGCACACAGGUCAUAGGAUUUGCUUUCUUUCACAAUUGAUUUGAUGAACAGAUAAUUUUCAUUUCUUUAAGAUGAAAAUAUUGAAAUCCAUUGUAGAUAUAACAUAAUAUGUAGAAAAUGUGUAAGUGUAUGCUCAAAUACCUCUACUGUUGUAUUGAAUUAAUAGUGCUAUUGAAGCUAAUUAAGUUCAUAUUAACUGUCAGAAGGAAAGUGACCAAGCUGGAGUACUAAUGAUAUGGCAUUGCAUUUUAGUAGUUUCAAAUGUAGAACAAAUGUAGUGGGUGAGAUAUUUGAUAUUUUGUAGUUUUAAUCAUUUAAUAUAACAUACCUGGAUUACUGAAUUGUAAUCACUUUUCUGUAAUACAGUGGGGAGGUACUCAAAUGUUGGAGCAUUUUGGAAAAUGUUAAUUUUUGGCAUUUCAUCAUGGGGAUAGAUUUAUACAGGUACAGUAAUUUAAACAUGGCUAUUUUAUUUAUGAUCCAUUAUAAUCAUUGGUAUCUUGUUUGAUAAUAAAUGAAUUUAAACCUUA